AUGGAUAUAGCUACACUUUCAAUAAAUAUGGAUAAAGAUCCAUCUCCGUAUAUAAACGAAUUUAGAAAACAAAUUUCUUCUUUUGAACAUUUACUUAAUUUAAACAAACAACCAGAAAAAUUAAUACGACAGACAAUGGAUUUUUUACUUAGGUAUUCUAAUCUGGAUUCGUCUAUACCAUCAGUAUUCUUAGAAAGCGUACGUAAAUCUAAGACUAUGAAACUUAAAAAUGCAUUGAUUGCUGCUAAUCUUACACUUACAUAUAAAAAAUUAAUAAAAAGCCGAGAUUUUAUUAAACUUGUGCUUGAUGAAGUAACUGAUUGCCCUAAGUUUAUCUAUAAAAUUAAAACUAUUAUACAAGAAUCAGAUCAAGAUAUUAUAUUAGAAUAUUAUAAUACCGGCAACGAGAAACAAAAGCUUUUCUGUUAUUUUUUUAUAUGUUUUUUAUCGUCUAAAUAUAAAUUAAAUUUAGAUAAAUUUAUAUGUACUGGUCUUUUUGACAAUCCUAAAGUGCGCAAAUACUGUUAUACAUACUUUUUAGAAACUAAGGACAUGUCUUUGUUAUCUGAAGACUGUAAAAAAUAUGGAGAUAAGUUGUAUAAAGAAAUAGUAGGCAGGAAAGAUGAACGAGAAUUUCUUGUUUAUAAAAUGAAGGUGUUUGUGUUAUUUAGAACAAGGUUUAAUAUUAAAAAUAGUGUGAUGCCUUUAGCUUUGUCUAUGAUUGAUCCUGAAAAGCCUGAUGUUAAAGAUCUUAUGAAUGUAAUAGUUGAUUCAGUUAACAAAGAAGAGGUUAUGAAUGUUGUUAAAAUUAUAUCUGAGACAUUUUGUAGUCCUUUUAAAGAUGAUGAUAUGAUUUGUUAUGGGCUUGGAUUGAUGCGAGGAAUUUAUAUUAAAUUUGAUAAAAAAGUAAUUUCUAGUAAUUUUGAUGAUGAAGAUACAAUUGAUGAUGAGGAUGCAUUUGAUGAUGAGGAUACAUUUGAUGAUGAAGAUACAAUUGAUGAUGAAGAUACAAUUAAAUGUAAAUCGAAUGAUGAAAAUAAUUUAUUCUGCGAGACACUCAAAGAAUGUAUUUUAAAUUAUGUAGAAUGUUUUAAAGGACUGAAAAAUAAAAGUAUAGCAUACGCUUAUCGGUCAGUUAUUAAUGUUUUAAAAAAUAAAAAAAAUAACGGCAAAGAAUUAGCAUACAUUCACAAAAAAUUAUCAAAAGAAGAAAAACGAGAAAUGUAUGCUAAAAAAUAUACAAAAGAAGAGAGGAAAGAACUUUUUACACGAAAAAGUAAAAGGAAGUUUAAAUUAUCAAAAAAACGAAUUAGAAAAAAUAAAAAAUAA